GAAAAAAGAAAAGGUGGAGUUAAAUAAGAAAAUGAAGGAAAUCAAGAAAGAGAUGAACCAGAUAGAAUCAAUGAAACUUGACCUACAGAAGCAAAGAGAUGAGAUUGAAGAAAGGAUGGAGAAAACAAAGAGAGAGACGGACAAGCUAGAACAGACAAAAGCUGAAAUACAAAGACAAAAAGAGGACAUUGAAAACAAGAUGGCAAAAACUAAGAGUGACAAAGAGGAGAUGGAAUGGAUAGAAUCUAAAAUACAGAAGCAGAAAGUGGAAAUUGACAUAAAAAUGCAACAAGCUAAGACAGAAAUGGAUGAGAUGCAAAGACUGAGGGAAGACAUCCAGAGACAAAAGCAGGAUAUUGAGGACAAGAUACAUAAGACCAAGAGAGAAAUAGAAGAGUUGGAACUAGUGAAGAAUGAGAUACAAAUGAAGAAAAAGGACCUUGAACAGAGGAUGAGAAAGACCUUGAGACAAAAAGAAGAAAUGGAAAAGAUUAAGAAGGAAAUAGAGAAAGCUAAAAAAGAGAUGGAACAAAGAAGGGAAGAGAGCAAAAGGGAGAAACAUGGAAUUGAACAGGCAAAGGCUGAAAUAGAAAGAGCCAAAGAGGAACUGGAGAUUCGUAUGGAAGAGAGCUUUGAAAACAUUGAUGGGAAGGAUCAAUUGAAUGCUGAGAUACAGAGAUUAAUCCAAGAGGUGGAGCGAACCAGAGAAAUGAUACGACAAACAAAAGUAUCAAUGGAAAACAGGAUGGAAGAAAGCAAUAUGGAGAUGGGUUACAAAGACAGAAUGAAUGCUGAAAUCCAGAGAUUGAUUCUAGAGGUGGAACAAACCAGGGAGGUGUUAAGAAGGGUGAAAGAAGAAAUGGAACUGAGCAAGGAAGAAUUAAAGGGAGAAAAGGACAAAAUCAGACGGAUGAAGACAGAGGCACAAAAAAGAAGAAAGGAGCUAGACCAAAGGAUGGAGAAGAUUCUGCGAGAGCGGGAUGAAUUAGAACUGAUGAAGGCAAAAAUACAGAGGCAAAAAGAAGAGCUGGAAAUCAAGAGAGAACAAGUAAAGACUGAGAGAGAACAUAUGGAUCAGACGAAAGAUAAAAUGCAGAGAACUGUUACAGAAGUCAAAGUAACAAGUGAGGAAAUACAAAAGCCCAAAAGAAAGACUGAUGUGGACAGCACAAAGAAAGAUAAGGUCAUGAUGGAAUAUUUAAAAGCACAGAUUCACAUACAGAAAGACGAAGAAACAGAUGUCAAAAUUCAAAAACAAGAACAAGAAGAAUCUGAGUAUGUUAUGGAAGAGACUAAACAAAAUCAAAAAGAGCUUGAACUCUUGAACGAGAAAAUUGAAAGACAAAAAAGAGACAUUGACAAGAGUCAUGAUGAACUAAAAAAGGGAAGAGAGGAACUGGAACACAUCAAGAGUAAAAUACAGCAACAGAGAGAGGAGAUGGAAUCUCACAAGGAAAGCCAAAAGGAAGAGCAGGAACACCUGGAACAAAUGAGCACUGAUCAAGAAAGUAGAAAAAUGUAUUCCAUAAUUGAUCUAACAAAAUGGGAUCUGUCAAAGAGUAGGCCUGGAAUCCAAGAGAAGAAAACACAAAGAGAUGAAGAUUAUGAUCAUUUGAGGGGGAAGCCGAAAAAGGAAAGAGUAGAACUGGAAAUUCUGAAAAGAGGUCUUGAAAGGACAACAUAUACAGAAAAAACUAUAACAGAAACACAAAAAGAUUUUGAGUUAGAACAAAUGUCGGAAAUCACAAGAGAAAGGGAGCAAAUAAUGCAAGACAAACAAAACUUAAAAAAAGAAAAGGAUAAGCUUUUACAGUUUGAAGUGGAAUUACAGAAUCGUCAAAAGGAGUUGAACGCUAUUACGAACAAGACAAACAUGGAAACGCAAUAUAAUGAAAAAAUUACUGAAAAGCUUAAAAGUCAAAAAGAAGAAAUUGACACACAAAUGGAAAAAAUACAUACUGAAAUGUUAGAAUUAGAAAAAGAAAAAAAUGAAAUGGAUAAGCAGAAAACACAAUUGGAUGAAAUAAAAACAAUAACAUUGAAUGAAAAGGCUUUAUUAGAAAAAGAAAUGACAGCAAAAAUUAAAAAGCAAAGGGAGGAAAGUGAAAAGGUCAUUGUACAGAGUAACACAAAAAUUAAACAUUUAAAGUUGCUAAAUAGUGAGAUUAGAAGAGAGAAAGAAGAGAUGGAGAAUGAAAAAAGAUUGAUAGCUGAGGAGAAAAAUAAGCUUAUGCAAAUUAAGUCUGAGAUUCAGAGUGAGAGAAUGGCAAUACAAAACCUUAUGGAAGACCAAAUAAGAGAAAAACUGAUAAUUAAACAAAUGACGGCUGAUAUGAAAAAGGAGAGAGAAGAAAUUGACAUAGCCAAAGAAAACAUAGUGAUUGAAAUAAAGCAGUUAGAAGAAAAAAAGGCUCAAACAGAAAGAGGCGAACAUGAAACAGACAAGUGGAAGCCAGAGUUGAAAGAAGAAGAGCAAUGUUUGAAAGAAGAUGACUACAAGAUGAAAGACAACCUAGAACACUUGAAAACUGAAAUACAACGGGAGAGAGAAGACCUUAAGAGCCAGAUGAAGGAAGUAAAUGUCAAAAAGAAUGAGUUGGAAAAAUGUAUAAGAGAGACAAACAAUCAAAAAAAAGAAAUGCAAACCCUAAAAGAAAAAAUUGAUCAACAAAAGGAGAUCAUUAUAAAAGAACAGAAUGAACUGGAAAAGGAAAAGGUGGUGAUAUUAACCCAAAGUAAAAACCUAGAAAAAUGUAUUCAGGAAAGACAGAAGGAGAAAGAAAAAGUUGAGAAACAAGCAAUCCAAAUACAGAUGGAAAAGGAGGAACAUGAAAGGCUGAUAAAAGAUUACAACAGACAGACAGAGAAACUGGAAUUCAUGAAAACUGAGCUGGAGAAAGAACGCCAAGAAACAGAUAACAUAAGAGGUUUGCUAGCAAAAGAGAAGUGUGAACUGGAACAAUUAAAGGAUGACAUGGAAAGAGAGAGGCGAGAUAUUGACAUGGCCAAGACAAAAAUGGCAGGUGAUAUGGAUGAGCUGGAAAGGAGAAGGGCUGAGAUAGAAACUGGAAAAGAUGAAGCGAAAAAGUGGAUGACAGAACUGACCGAGGAAGAACAAAGUAUGAAGGAGGAAAUCAGCAAGCAGAAAGAACAACUAGAACAAAUCAACACAGUAAUACAACAACAGAGACAAGACAUUGAAAGUAAAAUAGAAGAGCUCAAUAUAAAAAAGAAAGAGCUAGAAAACGAAAGGGAGGAAUUUGAUCAAGAAAAACUGAGGCUACAAAAUGAAAAGAAUGACCUGGAAAAGAACAAGGUGGCAAUUCAAUCCCAAUCAGAAAAUCUAGAAAAACUUACAGAGGAAACCAAGUGGAAGAAAGAGGAGGUUGAGAAACAAGCAAUCCAAAUACAGAUGGAAAAGGAGGAACAUGAAAGGCUGAUAAAAGAUUACAACAGACAGACAGAGAAACUGGAAUUCAUGAAAACUGAGCUGGAGAAAGAACGCCAAGAAACAGAAAACAAAAGAGGUUUGCUAGCAAAAGAGAAGUGUGAACUGGAACAAUUAAAGGAUGAAAUGGAAAGAGAGAGGCGAGAUAUUGACAACGCCAAGACAAAAAUGUCAGGGGAUAUGGAUGAGCUGGAAAGGAGAAGAGCUGAAAUAGAAACUGGAAAAGAUGAAGCGAAAAAGUGGAUGGCAGAACUGACCGAGGAAGAACAAAGUAUGAAGGAGGAAAUCAGCAAGCAGAAAGAACAACUGGAACAAAUCAACACAGUAAUACAACUACAGAGACAAGACAUUGAAAGAAAAACAGAUGAGCUCAAUACAAAAAAGAAAGAGCUAGAAAACGAAAGGGAGGAAUUUGAUCAAGAAAAACUGAGGCUACAAAAUGAAAAGAAUGACCUGGAAAAGAACAAGGUGGCAAUUCAAUCCCAAUCAGAAAAUCUAGAAAAACUUACAGAGGAAACCAAGUGGAAGAAAGAGGAGGUUGAGAAACAAGCAAUACAAAUACAGAUGGAAAAGGAGGAACAUGAAAGGCUGAUAAAAGAUUACAACAGACAGACAGAGAAACUGGAAUUCAUGAAAACUGAGCUGGAGAAAGAACGCCAAGAAACAGAUAAACAAAAAAGACUUGCUUGCAAAAGAGAAGUCAGUGAACUGGAACAAUUAAAGGUUGAAAUGGAAAGAGAGAGGCGAGAAAUUGACAACGCCAAGACAAAAAUGGCAGGUGAUAUGGAUGAGCUGGAAAGGAGAAGAGCUGAAAUAGAAACUGGAAAAGAUGAAGCGGAAAAGAGGAUGGCAGAACUGACCGAGGAAGAACAAAGAAUGAAGGAGGAAAUCAGCAAGCUGAAAGAACAACUGGAACAAAUCAACACAGAAAUACAACUACAGAGACAAGACAUUGAAAGAAAAACAGAUGAGCUCAAUACAAAAAAGAAAGAGCUAGAAAACGAAAGGGAGGAAUUUGAUCAAGAAAAACUGAGGCUACAAAAUGAAAAGAAUGACCUGGAAAAGAACAAGGUGGCAAUUCAAUCCCAAUCAGAAAAUCUAGAAAAACUUACAGAGGAAACCAAGUGGAAGAAAGAGGAGGUUGAGAAACAAGCAAUACAAAUACAGAUGGAAAAGGAGGAACAUGAAAGGCUGAUAAAAGAUUACAACAGACAGACAGAGAAACUGGAAUUCAUGAAAACUGAGCUGGAGAAAGAACGCCAAGAAACAGAUAACAUAAGAGGUUUGCUAGCAAAAGACAAGUGUGAACUGGAACAAUUAAAGGAUGACAUGGAAAGAGAGAGGCGAGAUAUUGACAUGGCCAAGACAAAAAUGGCAGGUGAUAUGGAUGAGCUGGAAAGGAGAAGGGCUGAGAUAGAAACUGGAAAAGAUGAAGCGAAAAAGUGGAUGGCAGAACUGACCGAGGAAGAACAAAGUAUGAAGGAGGAAAUCAGCAAGCAGAAAGAACAACUAGAACAAAUCAACACAGUAAUACAACAACAGAGACAAGACAUUGAAAGUAAAAUAGAAGAGCUAAAUAUAAAAAAGAAAGAGCUAGAAAACAAAAGGGAGGAAUUUGAUCAAGAAAAAUUAAGGCUACAAAAUGAAAAGAAUGACCUGGAAAAGAACAAGGUGGCAAUUCAAUCCCAAUCAGAAAAUCUAGAAAACCUUUCAGAGGAAACCAAGUGGAAGAAAGAGGAGGUUGAGAAACAAGCAAUCCAAAUACAGAUGGAAAAGGAGGAACAUGAAAGGCUGAUAAAAGAUUACAACAGACAGACAGAGAAACUGGAAUUCAUGAAAACUGAGCUGGAGAAAGAACGCCAAGAAACAGAAAACAUAAGAGGUAUGCUAGCAAAAGAGAAGUGUGAACUGGAACAAUUAAAGGUUGAAAUGGAAAGAGAGAGGCGAGAAAUUGACAACGCCAAGACAAAAAUGGCAGGUGAUAUGGAUGAGCUGGAAAGGAGAAGAGCUGAAAUAGAAACUGGAAAAGAUGAAGCGGAAAAGAGGAUGGCAGAACUGACCGAGGAAGAACAAAGAAUGAAGGAGGAAAUCAGCAAGCUGAAAGAACAACUGGAACAAAUCAACACAGAAAUACAACUACAGAGACAAGACAUUGAAAGAAAAACAGAUGAGCUCAAUACAAAAAAGAAAGAGCUAGAAAACGAAAGGGAGGAAUUUGAUCAAGAAAAACUGAGGCUACAAAAUGAAAAGAAUGACCUGGAAAAGAACAAGGUGGCAAUUCAAUCCCAAUCAGAAAAUCUACAAAAACUUACAGAGGAAACCAAGUGGAAGAAAGAGGAGGUUGAGAAACAAGCAAUACAAAUACAGAUGGAAAAGGAGGAACAUGAAAGGCUGAGAAAAGAUUACAACAGACAGACAGAGAAACUGGAAUUCAUGAAAACUGAGCUGGAGAAAGAACGCCAAGAAACAGAUAACAAAAAAGACUUGCUAGCAAAAGAGAAGUGUGAACUGGAACAAUUAAAGGAUGACAUGGAAAGAGAGAGGCGAGAAAUUGACAUGGCCAAGACAAAAAUGGCAGGUGAUAUGGAUGAGCUGGAAAGGAGAAGAGCUGAGAUAGAAACUGGAAAAGAUGAAGCGGAAAAGUGGAUGGCUGUACGGAAAGAGGAAGAACAAUGUAUUAAUGCUGAAAUAAUACUAGAGCAAGAGACAAUUUAUGUAUUAUGCAGCACACAGAUGGAUGACAAUAAAGAUAUAAGGCCAAUGGCAGAGAUAAAACAAGAAACUGGGGACAUGCAGGAGGAGGUCAACCUGGUAACGCAAGAGUCCAAACUUGAAGACAAAAGGAGCUAUGUAAAUGCUACGACACAAAUGCAUUCAGAAGAGAUGAAAAAAACAGACAAAACUGUGGAGCUGGUGAAUUCUGAAACACAAACAUUUUCUGGGGAGAUGCAGGGAGAACUUGAAAUUGAGGAAUCUCGACAGUUGAAACAAAAGAUUUCUAAUGAAGAAGAACACUCCCUUUUGACUGUUGUAGACAAACAGAAAAAAGAGAUUGAAAAUAACAUGGUGGAAAUACAAAGAGGCAAGAAUGCACUGCAACAGAUCAGAGGUGAGAUACAGAUUGCCAAAGAGGAGCUCAGACACAUAGGCCAAAUGACGGAUCUGCAAAUGAAGAGGGCAGUGGAGCUAGAACUGAAAACUGUGCAGAGUCAAGUCAUAGACACCACUCAACUAAGUGUAGAAUGUGAGAACUUGCUUAAACAGACAACCACAGCUACACAUACUGGGAUCCCGAACAGAGAGUAUUUGGAAAAGAUCCAUCAAGAGGUACAGACAGAAAGGGAAGAGAUUGAGAAGAUGAAGCACAGAGUUUAUGAAAUGAAAGAACAUCUGCAGGAAAGACUUGUAGUGAUUCAGAACCAUGAGUUGGUAAAGAAAACAAGGAUACCAAGAGAGAAAGAAAAGUUUGAGGAGGUGAAGGUGGAGUUGCAUAGAGGUAGCCAAGCUCUUCUAAAAGAGUGGGAGAGAGGUAUGAGUGAAGAUCAGCCGAAAAAACUGGAGCUUCAAAUACUAAAAGUGGAGAUGCUCACAGAGAUUGAGAGACUGCAGGUUGAUAUGGAAAAAAAGACAGAAACAGUCAAAACAAGUGACAAAGGUAACCAAACCGAAGUCAGAUUAACCACAGAGGAGCGACUAUGGUUGAUGGAGGAAUCAAUAAUAGAGGAGGACAGUAUGAUAACAAAAAUAAGUCAAGUAACAGAGGAGACAACAGUGGACAUGACAUAUUCCAGUUCAUUAAUGGAGCUCCAGGGUCCAUCAGCGGAGCACAGAGUAAAAGAAGAUGCUCAGAUUAGCGUAGUAGGAGCCGAAGUGGCUCCACCUAGAUUCAGCAGAGUGUUACGAUGGCUUUGCCACUACUGCUGUUGCUGUUGCAGAAAAGAGCGGGAAGAAGAGGGAGAGAACAUGCUGUGAAUACAUCUACUUCAGUAAUAUAAAAAACAUGCCAUCUAUUAUUAGAAUUAUUCAGUCUUGUAUACAUUCAAUUAUCCCCAAGUGACAAGAAAUCAUGUUUUGAUGAUAAAACACAACAACCUGAUCUGUAUGGCUAAAUUGUUGUGUUGUGUUGUGUUAUACACACCAGCAUUUCAGUGCUGCUGUGUGUAACACUGAAUGGGCAGAAUUUAUAAUAUUUAUUUAUUCAUAAUUGUGUUUAUUUAUUGCUCUUUUUUAAAACUUUUAAUACAAGUGGUUCCUUGAUUGAGUCUUUAAGAUAAGUAUUAAAAAACAACAUUUGUAUUAUUUUUUGUUUAAUAGUUUUUAUACACACUGAAUUCUCAAUAAACAAACUUGUAUUUUUGUCUCAGUGAUAACAUGUAAUAUUGUUUUAAAAUGAGCUAUGGAUCUUUGAACAUUAGUUUGGGUCAAUGUGCAACUAUCAAGUUACAGUCUCAUUUUGCUACAUCAUUGCUAGGGUUUGAAUCCUGCUUAUUGACCAGCCCCGGGGUCAAUCAAAUUCAAAUCAAUCAAAUGUAUUUAUAAAGCCCUUUUCACAUGUAGAGUUGUCACAAAGUGCUUUUACAAAACACCCUGACUGAUCCCACAGAGCAAUUGCCCAGCACAAUAGAAUAUGGUUGGCUUGACAACUAAUAAGCUUACUUGAGGUGCAAGCCCAGCUAGUGUGUUCCUUCCUGCGUGUAAGGAUUCUGGUAUGGUGCUUAGUUGAGUUCCUGAUAAGGUGAGCAGCAUAAUAAGAACCAGAACUGGAAGAAUUAAUUUAAUCUUUCCUGACUUAACUCACUGCUGUCUGAAGCACCUGAGAGGGGAGUGUUCAGUUACACAUUUUCUGAAAGGUUAAUUUCAUAACAAUCACUGCAAUAUGGGACAGGUUCCUGGAUCCAGGUUAAACCUAUUACUGGAAUAAAAGGGAUAAUUUACGGAUAACUAUUUAAUGUCCAGGAAUAGGUUUAAAUAGAAUUUCUCAAUUUGGCCCAAAGACCCAUGGUGGAGAUGCAUAGGACACAAAUAAUUUCACAAUCCUAUUCACCAAGUGCACUUACAUGAAAUACGAAUACAUAAGAUUCUGAAAGAUUCUUAUGGUAAUCACAGCUGCAAUCCAUAACAAAUCUAUCACAUGUUUUAUACCACUUCAUGAUUGUUGUCAAAUCACUGUUUCCCUGGCCUAUUAGCCAAAUAAAGACACCAUUAAUAUG